CCUGGGAUACAAGCAACUGAGAGAUACAGGGAGAACAGUACUAGGUAGUAGGUCCGUUUUAUCCCCAAUAAUUUAAUCAUGUGAGUGAUUAAAGAAGCCUAUUUUUUUUUAUCAAGAUGGAGUCGGAUUUUCCGGGGAGAUAGUUGAUACCGAGGCGCCGUGCAGGCUGCUUACGAGAAGGAAUGCACAGAGGAGGUCAUUUUCCCGGACUGAGGUGGUCGGAGGCAACGGCCCCGCAAUGAGAGCCGCUAACGUUAGCUAGCUAGCGAAAGAGAAGGACUUCCUGGUGGUAUUUCCAAAAUAAGAAAAGCUCCGACGAGAAAAUGAUUCAUUUGGUUGAAGUUAUUGACAUGAUACCUUUACUACUACACUUAAACGUAUCACCAAGGAAGACAUGAGGGGUUUCCGAGUAUGUCGCAACGAUUCGUAGUAUUUUAUUUUAUAAAUACGCAAGAUUGACACACCUACUGCUUUUACUUUGAAGUGAAAACGACCGUGUUCCCAGCGCACCGGUUGUUAGCACUUGGUAGCUUGACACGUACAAGAAGGGGUGAAGUUACAAGCCUUGAACCAAAACAAGACUUUACAUCCUGUGGUGGACAACGCCGCCUUGUUAUGAAUGGGACCCACCUCGUCUCACUGUGUGUUUUUCGAAUCAAAUGCCUUUUAAACCGGAGUGUCCAUCGUUGAUCUGAAAUUGGAGCCCCGUGGAAAAUACGGUUUGCUGUGGAAGAUCACCAUGCACUGCCCGACGCUGACAAACAAGAAGAAGCUCUUGUAGCUGGAGGAGGAUUGCCUGGCCCGAACUUUUCCUCCUCCUCCUCCUCCUCCUCCUCUUCCUGACCCUUCCCGGGAUCAAUGACGGGGCCCAACUCCCCGAGCCGGUCCGGCACAUCCCCGGCCAAGCUGAGCAGGCACGGCCGGUCCAAGAGCAGCAGCUCGCACUGCCUCCUCCGCUGCAGCACCGCCCAGGACGAUUCCUCCACCUCUCCCCCCAACAAUGGCUCCCGGUCCCCUGGGGAGGAAGAGGAGAAGGACGGAGGGGUUCUCUUCUACGUUAACCGGUCCGGCUUUCCCAUCGAGAGCGUGACCUGGGAGAGGAUGUGGUCCCAUGUGGCUGCUGUGCACCCUGAGGGUCAGGAGAUGGUGGACAGGAUACAAAAUGCUGCAUACCUUCCCAAGCAUCCUAUCCCCUCAGUCCCAACCUUCAGACCGUCCAUGUCGGUCCCAGAUUGGUUGGUGGCCAUCCAGAACUACAUGAAGGCUCUGCAAUACAACCACACAGGAACCCAAUUCUUUGAAAUCAAGAAGAGCCGUCCACUGUGUGGGUUAAUGGAGACAGCAAGAGAGAUGAUCAGAGAGUCUUUGCCAAUCAAAUGUCUCGAAGCCGUCAUCUUGGGAAUCUACCUGACCAACGGGCUGACGUCUCUCGAGCGUUUCCCCAUCAGCUUUAAGACCCAGUUUUCGGGCCACUGCUUCCACCACGUUGUGCUGGGCGUCUACUGCAACGGCCGCUACGGAUCGCUUGGCAUGAGCCGCCGCCAGGACCUGAUGGACAAACCGCUGACACACCGCACGCUGGGAGAACUGGUGGCCGAGUUCGAGAGCUCCUACAAGAGAUACCAGCACACUCUAAAGAAGGUGAAGAUCGGCCUGUAUGUGCCUCACGACCCCCACGUCUUCCAGCCAAUCGAGUGGAAGCAUUUGGUGCUGAAUGCUGCCCGACUGGGAGCUCAGGAGAUGCGGAAGGAGCUGGAGAAACACGGACGGGACAUGAGGAUGAAGAUCCUUAAAUCGUCCAGUGCCCAGUCCCCAAUCAAGGAGCGGAGCCGGGGAAAAUCCUUAUCACCACGGCGACGACAGAGCAGUCCCCAGCGACGCUUCACGCGCAGAGACAAAUCGCCCGCCUCGGUGGAGAGGAAACCUCCGGAGCUCAGCACGCUCAACGACGGCUACCAGAUCCGCAUCUGAUCCUCUACUUCACCUCCCAAUCAUCCCAAAUCCGUCCAACCUUCUCCGCCGACCUGAUCCUGAACAGUCUCUACCUGCCACCAACGUUUGCAGGAGAGGAGUCCCUGCACCUAGAGCGAUUUUACACAGACAAAGUGGACACAAAAAUAAGUUUCAAGAACCUUUCUGCGCUUCUUUAAAGCCGAGGAAUCAGACAAAAAGUGUCUGGUUGGUCUGGUUUUUAUACCCGUUUUCCCCAAGCAAUGAAUCCUCGACAACCGCCUUAUCAUCACACACCUGAGAGUGGCUGCUCUUUUUUCUUUCCCACUGACACAUUUCAGUCAAGUAGCUGAAGCGCUUACCCUGACCUGGGAUAAAAUCAGAAGAAGUGAUAUCAAUGUAUUUCUAGGUUUACAACAUUUCAAUCAGCCGUCAUGUCCUUCAUGACAACAGAUGUAACCAAGUAUUUCUAUGACCCCCCCCCCUCAGUGACAACGUGUCUCAGAAAAGAGCUACAACAUGAAGUGAGAGAGAAGAAAGGGUUGGUACAAAUAAGUGAACAUAUUCAUAUGUGACAGGUAGCGAUGAUGGAAGAUGGCUUCUGUUUGCACAGAACACGACUAAAAACAACAUUAAUUUAUUGGUGCUUUUGGCAUGUAAAAUGAUUGGUUAUCCUAAUGCCACUUCUAUAGCACAAUUUUAAUACUGCAGUAAAUUUAUUUUGUAAGGGAUGGGAGUGAGGAUGACUUUCAUUUUGUUGUCACUUUUCCAACAUGGCAGAGGCUGCAGGGGAAACAGAGACCGAUUCAAAGCUCUUGUUAUCCCACUUUAUUCUCACAUGCCUGCUCAACUACUGCAACACUGUGGCUUCAAGAAAAAGGUCAUAAAGGAAUGUUCAGAAGUAAUGCUUCAGUUACACUUUUGACUUUCCCAAAAAAAAAAUAAUCCUGAACCAACAGCAGCUUAAAUAAGAUGACUAAGUAGGCUUCCACAUGCAGAUUCUAUUGAUCAGAGCGGACGAGUGUAGAAUAGGGAGAGGGCGUUCGAUAACUUAUGCAGAAAUAUCAAAGAUGAGAGUCGAUAGAGAGGAAAAGGAAGAAGAAGAGAAGAGAAGAGGAGUAAGGAGAGAGAUGAUUUACUGCAGAAGAUCAGUGAAGGAUCAUUAAAGCACUGCGGCAAACCUCCUGCCUUCCCUCCCUUCUCAUUUUCCUCUUCCUCUGCCCUCUGUUGACACAUUACUGAAUACAUAACCACAGCCCUGAUCCAUCCAAGCCUUGUGAGUGCUAGAAAGAAACUACUGAAA